GUACGACAGAUAAUAAUGUAGCACGGUCGGAUCUUUCACACACCCGCAAGUUGUUGCAUGAUAAGUCUUUGCUUGCUGUUGAAGCUAACAUUUCCAACCAAUCGUAUGGCCACGACUGGAUGGCUUAUUUAGGACCUCGUUUGCUACAACCAAAUAUUCUCCGCGCUGUGGUUGUUGCCAGACUAAUCGCCAUGGACAGUAUGGGUGUAUCGAUGAGCCGUUCGCCACUGGAUCAUCUUGAGUUUGACAAUGUCGUACUCAGAAGGCUUCCACUGGAUUCGUCGGAAGAACCCGGCGUGCGAAUGGUAAAGGGAGCGUGCUUUUCCAAAAUGAAGCCGACACCUGUGACCAAACCUAGAUUCGUAGCUGUCUCAAAUAAGGCCCUUUCGUUGCUCGGGCUCAACGGGGCAGAAGUCAUGAGUGACCCCCUUGGCCCAGAAUAUCUGAGUGGAUCCAAAGUGAUGCCUGGAUCUGAGCCCGCUGCCCACUGCUACUGUGGACACCAGUUUGGGUCGUUUGCUGGACAGCUAGGCGAUGGGGCAGCUUGUUACUUAGGCGAGGUGAAAGCUCCAACCGAUCAGAGUGCCGAACUGCGUCAUGAAAAUCCAAGUGGCCGGUGGGAGAUCCAGGUGAAGGGCGCUGGGAAGACCCCUUUUUCAAGACAAGCUGAUGGUCGUAAGGUGCUCCGCUCCAGUAUACGGGAGUUUCUAUGCAGUGAGGCCAUCUUCGCCUUGGGUAUUCCUACCACCAGAGCAGGAUCGGUGGUGACUUCUGACAGCAAGGUCAUUCGAGACAUAAACUACGAUGGGAACGCGAUUCACGAGAGAUGCUCUAUGGUUCUACGUAUUGCGCCGACCUUCCUCAGGUUUGGGUCCUUUGAGAUCUUCAAGAGGGCAGAUGAGAACUCCGGGCGCCAGGGUCCCAGCUACGGACACGACGAGAUCAGAGGACAGAUGCUGGAUUAUGUCAUUGAGACUUUCUAUCCUGAGAUCCAGCAGAACCACAGUGAUCGGGUCGAGAGAAACGUGGCCUUCUUCAGAGAGGUGGUCCUGCGUACGGCCCGCCUCGUGAGCCAGUGGCAGUGUGUCGGGUUCUGCCACGGGGUCCUGAACACGGACAACAUGAGCAUCCUGGGACUGACGCUGGACUACGGCCCGUACGGCUUCAUGGACAGGUUCGAUCCGGAUUUCAUCUGCAAUGCCUCGGACAACUCCGGCCGCUACUCAUACCAGGCCCAGCCCGCCAUAUGCAGGUGGAACCUGGGGAAGCUGGCCGAGGCGUUGGCCCCGGAGCUGCCCGCAGGCCGCGCCAAGGCCGUCCUGGAGGAAUACAUGGACCUGUACAACGGCUUCUACCUGGCCACCAUGAGGAAGAAGCUGGGCCUGCUGAGGAAGGAGGAGCCAGAGGACGAGACACUGAUCACUACACUCCUGCAGACCAUGCAGAACACAGGAGCUGACUUCUCCAACACGUUCCGCUGCCUGGGUGAGAUCCCCUGCCCCAGCGAGGGGGAGCAGGGCGUGGUCAGAGAGGCCACAGACCUGCUGCUGGAGCAGUGCACCUCCCUGGAGGAGCUCAGGGUAGCCAACAAGCCAACCAUGGAACCACGAGAGCUGGCCAUGCUGCUGUCCAUGGCCCAGAGCAACCCGGCGCUGUUCCAGAUGAUCUCAGACCGGAAGACGAUUGGCCGACAGCUGGAGAAGCUCAACAAGACGCAGGAGCUGGCGGAGGUCAACCAGGAGGAGCUGAGGGGCCAGCAGGCGCAGGAGUGGACCGACUGGGUCACCAGCUACAGGAAGCGUCUUGCCCGAGAGUUGGAGGGCCAAAGUAAUGUCCAGGAAGUACUGGAUGACAGAUUGAGGGUGAUGAACAGCACCAACCCGCGUGUGGUCCUCAGAAACUACAUUGCCCAGAAUGCAAUUGAGGCUGCAGAGAAUGGAGACUUCUCUGAGGUCCAGCAGGUGCUGAAGGUUCUGGAAGAUCCGUUCUCGGCCCAGCCGAGUGUAGAGCAGCCUGCGAGUGUAGGGGCAGAGCAAGCUGUGUCAGACCCUCAAGGGGGGGUGUCGUCCACGGCGGCAGCGGCCUCCAGGAAGGUUGUCUGCUACCACAACAGGCCACCGGCUUCGGCCACGGCAAUCUCUGUCUCUUGAUCCUCGUAACUCCUUCCUCGACCAGCCUGCUUACCUUAAGGAAAAGCUUACGGAGAGUUUAUUAAGGGCCCACCAUCAGUGUUUAUCUUUGCACUGAUUUCAAACCUACUACUGUGACCUAUAUAAUACUCUCUCCGGGCCUUUUUUCGGUAGCCGGUGUCGGGGAAUGUAACGAGACACGUGACCCUCCAUUGAGAAGCUAGUCUUCACCUGGGCAUUGCUUGGUGGUUUGGCUGGAUGUUAAUGAAGGCUCAGAUAUCCAGUCCUUCAGGGGCCUGUCUGAGUCUGAUGUGCUCUGGAGCUUUGCCGUGACCCAAAUACUGUUGUUGUUGUUGUUGUAUGUAUGAAUGGGAGUGAUUUUACCUGAUUGGUUGAACUGCAAUUGAUAAACACGCACAGGAUAUUUUUGUAAUAUGUGUAAGAUGUAUAGAUGUAGCUUUUUAUGAUUCAUAAGUCAUAGCAUUUACUUAAACACCCGGUUUAACCUUAUGCCACUCAGAAGAGCUGCAUUGCCUAUUAUUUUUUCAGGGAAAUUGAUAUUGCUAAAUCUGUCUGGUUGAGAAAGAAUGUGAUAGGCGUAAUUGGUUGGUAAUGAACAUUAUGUAUUCCUCACCUUGGUUGUUUUAACUCUUACCAAUAAAUAUAACCAAAGAAUUU